UUUCCCUUUGGUAACACCAGAUUGUACUGACCGCCUGAAUGCUGUACAUCGCACACGAGACAAGUGACGAAAUCAGUGACACUUGAGGUACAGUACUUGGACUUGGAGUGACACCAGUGUAUGCAGAGCUGCACCAGUGCAAGGCGCGUACAUCAUUAUUCUCUUCGUCGCAAAGUAACUUUGAACAGCAGUACAGACAGUGGAGGCCGAGGGGAGAUUUCUUGAGCUGAUUUGUGCAACUGUACAAAGCUGACGUGUGGCUCGAGAGGCAAUCCAGAAGCAACACACCAGGGACGUGUUUUCUCAAGAAAAUAUUUUUUCAAAAUUGGUACGACUCUUGGUCACAACACUGUAGUCUGUGUAGUACAAUAGUAAUUUGUUUGAGUUGGUACGAUACAGCGCAACGUGGAGAGUUCAGUGGGUAAGUAGGCCGACAGGCUGGAUUAAACCUGUCCCACUGGCUGCGAUGUGGUGUUUCUCGCAAUGCGCUCGGCCCACCUCGUAGAGCAACACCGUGUGCUGAGCCUCGUGUUUGUAACGCUCCCCUUGCUGCUCCUGUUGCACAAUGCUUCUUGUCAAUCUACCCAGUCGGUGGUAUCCUCACUAAUUGCUACAAGUCGCUUUCGUUCCUUGGUUAUUGUCAGUACAUUGGAUGGACAAAUCUCAGCCCUUGAUGCCGGACGACACGGAAAGGGUCGUCUGAUCUGGAAUGUACCCUCGCCAUCGGGUCCUCUGUUCUCGUCUAGUCUAGCCAAUGUAGAGUUUCAAGAUCAGGCUGGUUCAUACCAAGUGGUGCCCGCACUCGAUGGCAAUCUCUACACCUGGAGAGGCGGGAAACUGAAGGCCGUGCCAGCAGAUAUCGACUCUCUUUUCGGUCAGGCUGACAUCAAUUACGAUGGCAGUUCGUUGGUCGGUGCCAAGGACAAGCUGUCAUAUGGCAUAGACCCGGACACCGGAGAGCUGCACUAUGUAUGUUCUGCACAAGGCUGUCAACUGCAGAGUGCAGACGAAUCACCGGACUAUCCCAUUGCACGAUCGGAUGUUCUCGUCAUUCAGCGCAUGCAGAGGACUAUCCGUGCCUACAACAAGCGCCGAGGGUUUGAACGGUGGAAUGUAUCGAUUGGUGAGGUUGACCUGUCACUUGAAGAAGGUGAUGAGCCGAACGAGGACUGGGGUUUUUGUGACGGCAGCGAUGCUGUGCACGACUGGAAUCUACGUGUCUCCGAUGGUAUUGUAACCGCGUACAGUCAGUCAACCAAUGACUUGUUAUGGCGACAUCAGUUCAUCAGUCCGGUGGCAAACGUCUGGACUCUGAAAGGCACUUGCCUGCUACCCUGGGAUCUGUUUCAGGCGUCGGCAUCAGUUGCUACUGUUCAUCCGACGGGAGCGACACCUAGCCCUUCACUGUAUUUAGGCACUCAUCGUAACCAGAUGUACAUUCAGACAUCGGCCUCAAUGUCUGGAGCUAUGCAUGCGUGGGUGCGGCAAGCAACGGCUGCCAUGGGCCCAGACAACUAUGCACGCAAGCUACUGCUGGAGCAGCUAGCCAGUUCAGGCAAGAGCAGCAAUCUUCUAGCAGCGGCGGCAGCAGGCUCCACGUCACUGCAGAUAACACACGGUAGUGCUGCUCCGAGUGAGGACGGUGUACCACAGUUCCUACUGUCCCCUGACCACCGCACUGAUCACCCGGCCAUUGCUGCCACAGCAAACAACGGCAUGCCUCCUUCCUCCGGCUCCGACAAGCUGUCCACUGAGCUUACGAUCCGUGAGCCUAUUCGGCAUGGAUCAUACUUCUACAACACCAUCCCGAUGCAGGUAUGUGAAACUGCCACCGGUGACAAGCUGUGCUUCCCCACGUCGGUGCAGCGAAAGCCGACACCACCACCACAGGCACCGUACCCAUUCAUUGUGGACACUUCAUGGUCGCCUGGAUUGUUGUCUAACAUGCUGUUGGUGUUGGUCUCCUUGCUCUCUGGUGGCUUUGGGUAUCGCUUCUAUUUGAAGAGAAAGACUAAAGAUGAGGUAAUCACUCUGGAGAUCCCUGAGCUUCAUGCCAGUACGAGCACCAAGGACAGUGAUUCAUCGCCGGCCAAAGAAGAUAUCGUUUCGGACACUUCACCGGCAACUGACCGUCCACCUGAGACCUUCCAAUCCCGGUUUCAAAGUGAUUUUGAGAAAGUCAAGACUCUUGGCAAAGGUGGCUUUGGCGUGGUCUUUCAAGCUCGCAAUAAUUUUGACAGCCAGCAGUAUGCUAUCAAGCGUGUGUUGCUGCGAGAGGGAAUGCAUUCGAAGGUGAUGCGUGAAGUGAAUGCCUUAGCUACAUUGGAGCAUCAGAACAUUGUGCGUUACUUCAACUCUUGGGUAGAGAGACCACCGGUGGGCCACAUAUUUGACGACGACGACAUCGGUGUUGAAAGUGGGGAUGGUCUGGAUGGAGAUGAGGAUGAGGAUGAUGAAGACGAGUAUGACGAUGAAUGUAAUGAUGAGUUAGGCGAUGCCG